UCCUUCUGUCUGAGGACAGCGCUGGGGGUGGGGUGGGGGGUUCCAGGUCGCCUCCCAGCCCGACCCCUCGCCCGAGGAGCGGUGAGGCCAGAGCCUGCGCUAUUCGGGCCCUCGGGGCCCGGAGCAGGAGCAGCAUCGGAGUCCCGCGCCGCGCGCACGCCCAACCCACCUGCAGGACGCCGCGGUCCUCCCGUCCUCCACAGUGGUCCUCCGGCCUCCGCAGCGGUCCUCCCCUCCUCCGCAGAGUCCCCGCAGAGGGAGUCUGUCUUCCCGUCUCACAGCCUGAGGGCGGCUUCCUUCUCCGGAGACCCCAGGCGGCUGCCCGGGGGUGGAUUCCCUGGCGGUGCCCAUGGAUCCCGACCCUGAGGAGGAAGGGGGGGCCCUGGCCAUCCCCCCGCUGAGGCCCGGCGAGAAGUUCCACGUGUUCGUGAGCUACAGCAGCAGGGACGCGGCGUGGACCCACGCGCUCAUCGGCCGCCUGGAGGCGGACCUCCCGGGGCUGCGGGUGUGUCUGCACGAGCGGGACUUCGUCCCCGGCAGGAACAUCCUGGAGAACAUGGCCGAGUGCAUCCAGCAGAGCCAGAAGGUGCUCCUGCUGCUGAGCCAGGACUUCGUGCAGAGCCGGUGGUGCCUCCUGGAGGCCGACCUGUCCCUGUUCGGCUACUGCCUGGAGAGGAAGGCCGUCAUCCCCGUCCUGCUGAAGCCCUGCCGGGUCCCGCUGCACCUCAGCCACCUGACCUACCUGGAGGCGACCGACAGCCGCUUCUACCCCAAGGUGCUGCGGCUCCUGUGCCAGGCCACCCUGUGCGGGGCGCGCUCCGUGCCGGCCCUGCGCCCGGCCGCCUCCCUCUACAGCGGGAAGGCCCUCCUCACCCUCAACUGCAUCAACAAGGACAGCCUGUCGUCUUGGCAGGUGGGGACCUUCAGCACCCUGAGUGUCCCGGACCCCCUGAAGGAGGUGCUGGAGGAGCCCGAGGUGUACCGGCGCGCCCUGGGCGUCCUGAACGGGGCGCAGUCCCCCAGGUCCUGCCUCCGCUACCUGGGCUGCAGGGUCCCGCUGGGCAUCUUCCUGAUUCUCGUCUCCUUGGCGCUGCUGUCCUUCACCCUGGUCCUGGGGUUCCAGCGGAACCCGCCGGCUCAGCGCUUCCUGCUCCUCUCGUGCGGGGUGUUUUUCUGCCCCCUCGCCUUGGUCCUGGCGGUGAACACCCUCUGCUGGUUCCAGAGGUUCUCCAGGAGGAAGAUGCGGGAGCUGGCCCUCAGAGCGGGCGAGGCCAACCUCCUGCUGGCGCCCCACUCCGUGCUGGUGGGCUGUGACACCAUGAACAAGCUGCACUUCGUGUACGUGCUCCUGGAGGAGUGCAGGCAGGUCUUUCUGGAGUGCGCGGAGGGCGAGGCGCUGUUCCGGGAGGCCAUGCUGCGGUUCUCGUCCAGCUACGCCUGCUGCGUGGCCCACGCGUACUUCCCCGCCUCUGAGGAUGUCCAGGGGGCUCAGGGCCACCUCCAGCUGGGCAUGUGCUUCUGCCAGUUCGUGUCUCUGCAGCUGAAGAGACACCAGGGCCUCGGGGUUUACCCCGUGUGACGGCAGGACGGGCUGGGGACAGUGCCUCCUGCCUGACUGCCCGGCUGCCCCCCAGCUGGCCCUGCGGACACGGCCUCCCCGGGGCCUGGGGGUGCACACGGGACCCUCACCUCUGGCCAGGACCGCCAACCUCGGGCCCUUACACUGCCCCGGCGACCCCGCAGCCUGCUCGGAAGGCAGAGGUGACAUCAGCCCAGGUGGCCUCACAGUUUGGGGAGGCGGCAUUUCGGACAGGCUCCCCGAGAGGGUGCUGGGGAAAGCAGCAGGCUUGCCUGUGACCCCCGGGCCCCUUGGGGUGCGCCUGCCUCUGCCUGACGGCCCGUUAGUGUCCAGAGGACCAGGGCGGCCCUCCCCUGAGCUGCUCUUCCAGGCACCGGCCCCUCAUUCCCGGACACGGAGCGCGGGGCCGGCGGCGGCGGGGUCCAGGCCAGGCAAGGGGGACGCACCCACGGAGCUCACGCCGUGCACAGAGCCCUGCGGGGCCAGCCACGGCCGCCCUGCGUCCGUCCC